AUGGCGCCGCAGGAAGAGGCGCGUGGCGGUGCCCCUGCUGCUGCUGCUGCUGCAGCACCAGAAGCAGCAGCAGUGAAAUCCGAAGCAGCAGCAGCAGCAACAGCCGCCAAAACUGAAGCAGCAGCAGCCAAAACUGAAGCAGCAGGAGCCACAACUGAAGCAGCUGCUGCAGCCAAGAGCGAGGCACCAGCAGCAGCAGAAUCUGCAGAGGCAGCAGCAGCAGCAGCAAAAACAGAAGAAGCAACAGCGUGUAAGACGGGAGCAGCAGCAGCAGAAGAUAAGACAGCAGCAGCAGCAGCAGCAAAGACAGAGUCAGGGGACACAGCUGCAGCAGCGGGCGAAGAUGCCAAGGCGGAUCUCUCCUCAAGCAGCUGCAGCAGCAGCAACAGCAGCAGCAGCAGCCCCGGGACGGGUGCUGGCUCUGCUGCAGAGCCAGAGAAAGCAGCAGAAUCCCCAGCAGCAGCAGCAGGAGCAUCGCCUGCAGCAGCAGCAGCAGCAGAUGCUCCAAAGGGCUCUAUAAACUACGCGGAGCAGUACAUGAAGGCUAUGGGCCUCAGCAGCAGCAGCAGCAGCAGCUGCCGCGGCUUCGACUUGGCAGCAGCAGCAACAGCAAGAGACCUGCCCCCCGACGACAGCAAAGAAGGAGAAACUUCGGGUUUUAAAUUUCCUUCUUAUGAAGAGUUUUUGAAAGAAGAACAAGAAGAAGAAGAGAAGCAAAAUGCCAGCAGCAGCAGCGGCAGCAGCAGCAGCAGCAGCAAGUCCAACGAGCGCCUGGACGACGCCUUCGCUGCGUUCAUGACGGAGCUGGAAAGAAUCCCCUCCUCAAAUCCCAAAGCUCGGCGGGAAGCCGCUGCUGCUGCUCUGGAGGGGCAAACAGUAGCAGAAGCAGCAGCAGCAGCAGCAGCAAAAGUUGUUGUUGCUGCUUUUGGCACUGCAGCAGCAGAAUGUGUCCGCCUAACUUCCCAGGCCUUCUCAAACCCUUUUCAAGUUUUGCUGCUGACCCCCGAGGCCUCCGAAGAAGCCAUUCGCAAACAGUACAGAAAGCUGUCUCUGUUGAUUCAUCCGGACAAAUGCAAACACGAGCUUGCCCAAGAGGCUUUCCAAAUCGUGAACAAGGCCUACGAGAAGCUGCAGGAGGAAGGAGUUCGUUUGAAGUACGAAGGAGUUAUUGAAGAAGCAAAAAAAAGAGUUUUGAAAAAAAGAAUUCAAGAAAACAAAUCCCGAAAAGCAGCAGGGGAGCGUUUGCUGCCGGAGACUGAGGAGGCGCUGCGGGGGGAGAUUUUGGAGUGCUGCGAAUUGCUGCUGAAGGAGCUGAAGGAGAAGCAAGACUACAAGGAGCGCUGCAGAGCAGCAAAUGAAAAAUACGAAAAAGAAAAGGAAGACAAACUGAUUGAAGAAGAAAAGGAAAAAUGCAGAGAGAGAAACGAAUGGGUCAAAAAGAGAGAAGAGCGCGUCAGCAGCUGGAGAGAGUACCAGGAGGGUUUGAAGAAGAAGGAAUUUGAUCACCGAGCCUUCACGGGGCUGCGGCACGUGAGAGAAGAAAGAAAAGAAGAUGACAUAAUUAAAAAGAGACAAAAAGUCCAGGGCAUAGACAACUCCUACAAACUCAACUGGAGAUAA